AUGUUCAGAUCUGUUGCUACUAGAUUAUCUGCCUGUCGUGGGUUAGCAUCCAAUGCUGCUCGCAAAUCACUCACUAUUGGUCUUAUUCCCGGUGACGGUAUUGGUAAAGAAGUAAUUCCUGCCGGUAAGCAAGUUUUGGAAAACCUGAACUCCAAGCACGGCUUAAGCUUCAACUUUAUUGAUCUCUAUGCCGGUUUCCAAACAUUUCAAGAAACCGGAAAGGCAUUGCCUGACGAGACUGUUAAAGUAUUGAAGGAACAAUGCCAAGGUGCUCUUUUCGGUGCAGUUCAGUCUCCAACUACCAAAGUGGAAGGCUAUUCAUCACCAAUUGUUGCUCUGAGGAGGGAAAUGGGCUUAUUUGCCAAUGUUCGUCCUGUUAAGUCUGUAGAAGGAGGCAAAGGUAAACCAAUUGACAUGGUUAUCGUAAGAGAAAAUACUGAGGACCUGUAUAUUAAAAUUGAAAAAACAUAUAUCGAUAAGGCUACAGGAACAAGAGUUGCUGACGCCACAAAGAGAAUAUCUGAAAUUGCAACAAGAAGAAUUGCAACCAUUGCAUUAGAUAUUGCCUUGAAAAGAUUGCAGACAAGAGGUGAAGCUACUUUGACGGUGACACAUAAAUCAAAUGUUCUGUCUCAAAGUGAUGGUCUAUUUAGAGAAAUCUGUAAGGAAGUCUACGAAUCCAACAAGGACAAAUACGGUCAAAUCAAAUACAACGAACAAAUUGUGGAUUCCAUGGUUUAUAGGCUGUUUAGAGAACCACAGUGUUUUGAUGUGAUAGUAGCACCAAACCUGUACGGUGACAUAUUAUCUGACGGUGCUGCUGCUUUAGUGGGUUCAUUAGGUGUUGUUCCAAGCGCCAACGUCGGUCCAGAAAUUGUUAUUGGUGAACCAUGCCAUGGUUCCGCCCCAGAUAUUGCUGGCAAAGGUAUUGCUAACCCAAUCGCCACCAUAAGAUCCACCGCUUUGAUGUUGGAGUUCUUGGGUCAUAACGAUGCCGCCCAAGAUAUUUACAGAGCAGUUGACGCUAAUUUAAGAGAGGGUGCUAUCAAGACUCCAGAUUUAGGUGGUAAGGCUUCUACUCAACAGGUGGUUGACGACGUUUUGUCGAGACUAUAA